AUGGCAGCAACAAAGUCAGAGGAGAUCGACUUUCCUCGUGGAGGUGCCAGCAUUCUUACACCACUCGAACACCGUCAAAUUUCAAUCAAGGCCGCCAAUGACUUGUUCAAAAGUAGCGAGAAACGUAAAGAGACAGCUGACGAGCCUGCAGCAAAGAAACGACGUAAAACCGACAAAAAGAAGGCAACCGUUGCCAGCAAAAAGGACAGCAAGCCAAAGACUGAAAAGCAUGCACCUAUCGAUCGUCUUUCACUCAAGGAUUUGAAUCCCGAGACGUUGAUGACUGGAUGCAUCACAAAGAUCAAAGACCUUGAGCUCAUUGUUGCCCUUCCAUCACAAAUCACGGGUGUCGUUCCUAUCACCGAAAUUUCAGAACAAGUCAGCGCAGCUGUUGAACGUAUUGCUGGUGACAACGACAAUGACGAUGAGGAUGAUGAUGAUGACGACAACGAAGAGGAACAAGGUCUUCCAAGCUUAUACAAGUUGUUCCGUGUCGGUCAAUUUGUUCAAUGCCGUGUGGUGCGUGUGGAGGAAGCUGAUCCAUCAGACAAGCGAACAAAGACCAACAUCGAGCUUACAUUGCGUCCUGAAGCUAUCAAUCGUGAUGUUGCCAAAGUGGAUGCAAGCGAAGGAUCGGUUUUGAGUGCUAGCGUCAAGAGCGUUGAGGAUCACGGUUACAUUUUGUCGCUUGGUAUCGAGGAUGUUACCGCCUUUUGCAAUUUGAAGGAUGCAGAGACCUAUGUCAACGAAUACAACCGUGGCGAGCCAUUGGUGCCAGGCCAAAUUGUGCAAUGUGUUGUGAAAAAGUCACCAAAGAAGGAUCAACGCACCGUCAAUGUCACUCUCGAUUCAAAUCAAGCAGCCAAGGCUAUCGUCAAGAGCCCUGCUUCCAGUCUCCAUUCGGUUGUACCUGGAUUGAAGGUCAACGGCACUAUCAAAGCAGUUCAAUCCAAGGGCUUGAAUAUCACUUUUAUGGGUCUCUAUGAUGCCACCAUUGAUGCUUCCCAGAUCCCUAAUGGCGACGUUUCAUCCUACAACGUUGGCGACAGCAUCACUUUCCGUAUAUUGUUUUGUGCACCUGGUGUCAAUCAAAAGAUGGUCGGUGGUACAUUGUUGCCUCACUUGUUGGCCGAUACCAAGAAUCAAGCCCAGCAGUAUGUGGGUGAACGCUAUCCUCACGGCACAUUGUUGGAGGAAGUCAAGGUCGUACGUGUGGCUCGUAACAAGGGACUUUAUAUGUCGAUCAAGGGUGUGGAUGAUAUUCAAGCCUUUGCAAGCGUCAACAACAUUUCGGAUGAACGCAUUGAGAACGUUGUCGAGACAUCAGCAAAGUAUGGUUUGGAUACGGUCCACAGUGCUCGUGUACUCAGCUACAGCCCUAUGGAGGAUGUGUUAUCCGUCACUCUCAAAAAGAGCGUCAUCGAUGAGAAAUACGGCAACAUCAAUGAGAUCGAGAUUGGUGAUAUUAUUGAAGGCACCGUUCAAAAGUUCAUUCGUGCCGGUUUAUUGUUGAACAUCUCUUCUGGUAUCAGUGCGCUUGUGCCAGUCAUCCACUAUGCUGAUACAGCUCUCAAGCAACCUGAACUCAAAUACAAGCCUGGCAACAAGAUCCGUGGUCGUGUUUUGGAGCGUGAUGUCGACAAUAGCCGUCUUUUGGUGUCUCUCAAGCAAACUUUGAUUGAUAGCCCAUUGCCACGUAUCACAAGUUGGGAAACGGCAAAGUCUGAUAUGAUCACCCAUGCUGUCAUCCAAUCGGUUCGUCCUAGUGGUGCUAUUUUGCGUUUCUAUGGUGGCUUGACCGGUUUUGUACCUGCAUCACAAAUGACCGAAGCACGUGUCGCCAAUCUUACAACGGCUUUCCGUAUCGGCCAAACUGUUAAGGCCUAUAUUUAUGCUGUCAAUCAAGAUCAACGUCGCAUCAUUGCAUCUUUGACCAAUGUCGGCAAGGUCAAGAAGCAAGAGAAGGAGGCUCGCAAAAAGGAAGAAGCUGAAAAGUAUGCUAUUGGCAAUAUUGUUUCCGCCACAAUCAAGGCUGUCAAGGAUACGCAAUUGAAUAUCGAGCUUGCCAAUGGUCGUCAUGGUCGCGUUGCUAUUACGGAGCUCUUCACGGAUGUCUCUCAAGUGAAGGAUCUCAAGCACCCACUUGCUCAAUUCAAGAAUGGUGAUAAAAUUGAGGUCAAGAUUUUGGGCAUGCGUAACACCAAGGGCCAUGGUUACUUGCCUAUCACCCGUACCCAUGAUGUCAAGGAGGUGAUCGAUUGCUCACUCAAGCUCGGCAGCAAGACCGAUGUUGGUAAGGGCAAGGUUGGCGAACACUACCUUGGCUUUGUCACCAACAUCUCCAAGAAGCAUGUGGAUAUUGUGGUGGGUGCUCACUUGCAUGGCUUGAUCCGUAAGCAAUUCACAUCAAGCGAUGCUGCCAAGGCAACCAACUUUCAAAAGGAGUAUACCGUUGGCCAAUUGGUUCCUGUUGAACUUGUGAGUUUGGAUAAGCAACAUCAUACGGGUGAAUUUGUGCCAUCCAAGGACAAGGCCAUUCCUCGCAUUACCAAUGUUAAGAGCAUCAAGACCGGUAUGGUGGGUCUUGGUCUUGUGCAACGUAUCACCCGUCACCAAGGAAUGCAAAUCCAAAUUGCCCAUGGUAUCCAUGGCCGUGUUCACCGCACUGAUCUCGUCGAUACCUUCAGCAACGAUCCAUUGGGUGAUUACAAGGAAGGCAUGGUGGUUCGUUACGCUGUCAUUGCUACCAACUACAGAAAGAACCAAUUUGAUCUCUCAUUACGCUCAUGCCGUGUCAACCCCGACGCCACUCCUCCUGCAACAGCCAACCCAGAAAUCAACUCUGUCUCUGAUAUCGAAGCUGAUCAAGUCCUUUGGGGCUAUGUGAGCAACGUUGCCAACAAUGGUGUGUUUGUGAGCCUUGGUCGUAACGUUACUGCACGCAUCAAAAUUGGAUACCUUUCGGAUGAAUUCGUCAAGGAUUGGCAAAAGUUGUACUCUGCUGGUCAACUUGUAAAGUGCAAGAUCUUGCAUGUUGAUACCGAAAACAACCGUGUCGAAGGUGCAUUGAACAAGAGCCGUGUUGGAGACAAGAAGGAUGAGGAUGGUGAUGAUAUUAUGGAUGAACUUUCCAGUGAUGAUGAUCUCGAAUCCGAAGAAGAAGAGGAUGAGGAUGAGGAUGAGGAUGAGGAGGAAAACGAGGUUCAACAAGAAGAUGAGGAAAUGCAAGAUGUGCGUGAUAUCGAUGAGACCAUGGGCGAAGCUGCUGGCGACGAUGAUGAAUCCUCUGACAGUGACAAUGAAGAUGAGGCUAUUCCUGCUCUUGGUGGCAAAGGUUUCGACUGGUCGGGCAACUUGCAAGAGACCAAACAAGAUAGCGAGGAUGAAUCUGAUGAUGAGGAUGAAUCGGACGAAGAGCAAGAUGUCAAGAAGAAAAAGAAGGGUGGUGAAAAGCAAGUCGAGGAUAAGACAGCUGAAUUGUCAACCACGGCUCCUCAAUCCGCUGGCGACUAUGAGCGUGUCCUUGUGGGUUCACCCAAUUCAUCUUUCCUUUGGAUCAACUACAUGGCAUACCAACUUCAGCUAUCCGAGAUUGAAAAGGCACGUGAAAUCGGUAAUCGUGCAUUGAACACCAUCAGCUUCCGUGAAGAGCAAGAAAAAAUGAACGUGUGGAUGGCAAUGCUCAACUUGGAAAACACCUACGGCAGUGAUGAAUCAUUGGAGGAAGUCUUUAAGCGCUCUUGUGUGUAUUGCGAUCCUGAAAAGAUGCAUAUGCAAUUGGCCGAGAUGUAUGAACGUACCGGAAAGACCGAGAAAGCACAAGCCUUGUUGGAAGAGUCUCUGAAAAAGUUCAGCCAAAAUCCCAAAUUCUGGACGCACUUUGGUCUGUUUUAUCUCAAGAAUGACAAUGUUGAAGGCGCACGAGAAUUGUUACAGCGCUGUGUCAAGGUGUUGCCCAAACAUCAUCAUGUUGAGACAAUCAGCAAAUUUGCACAAAUGGAAUUCAAGCAUGGCGAGCCUGAACGUGGACGCACUAUCUUUGAGGGUCUGCUGAGCAGCUAUCCUAAGCGCAUUGAUAUCUGGAGUGUCUAUGUGGAUAUGGAGAUCAAGGCUGGAGAUCAAGAAAUCAUUCGACGAUUGUUUGAGCGUCUCACAUCCAUGAAGGUGUCUUCCAAAAAGAUGAAGUUCUUUUUCAAGAAAUGGCUACAAUACGAGAAGGAACAUGGCUCUGAAGAAGAUGCUGAACGAGUCAAAGAAAAGGCUUUGGACUAUGUGAACAGCGCUGACCGUGCAUAA